AUGACGCUGGCUGAAGAGUUCCGUUCGCGAAAUUUCAGCAUCUACGGGCAAUGGUUAGUACUCUACCUCACCGGUCAUGUUCCCACUCUGUACCUGGUGCUCGAGCUUGUGAAACGGACCGGCGUGCUGUCCAUGAUCCUCUGCUUCGCCGUGGGGAUUUCUAACUUUUUCGCGGCACCGCUCCGCAUCAUCUUCGGAGCGCUAUGUUUCGCCUCUUCAUUCAUCAUCCUCUUCAUUGAGGUGCCCUUCCUCCUCCGCAUCUGCCCGACCUCCUCCACAUUCGACGCCUUCAUCCGCCGCUUUACGACCAACUGGAUGCGCGCCGGCAUGUACACCAUUCUCAGCGCUAUCCAGUGGGCCAGUCUGGUCUCCGGCGCCUCCAGCUUGCUCGCCGCCGCCGUGACCCUCAUCGUGGCCGCGGCCUUCUACGCGCUGGCGGGCAUGAAGAGCCAAGAGUUUGUGGGUAGCAAGACUCUCGGCGGCCAGGGUGUUGCACAGAUGAUUGUCUGA